CGCGAUAAGUCGGAUUACGGUUAAAUCCUCGUACAGCGGCCAUAACGAUUAAGUGUUGAAAUCGCAAACGAAAUGGCAGCGCGGCAUACAUUUGCGGCGUUGUCGCUAAUAUUAGCUGUAUUUGUACAUAAUUCUUAUGCUACUGAGUCGUCAACAGCUUUGGCUCUCUCAGGAUCACCCUUCAAAAAUGAUCUCUCGUAUCUGUUUUACAAAGAUGGUGCAAGCAUUGGCGCUACAGCAUUAAAUAUCACAUCAAGGGCCUACGAUGAUUCGCAGUGCCUGAAGGAUAUCGACCGUAUAUCGGCAGCGCUUGACGAAUAUUAUGAAUGGGCUAUCGAGUUUACCGACACAUGGGGUCGUCUGCCGGUCGGCCUUAUGUGGGGCCAUGCAUUGAGCUUUGGCGCUUAUGAAGAAUGUAUAGCGGCGUCUUGGCAGUUCACCCAAAACGAUGAAGUGCGAGGUCAGUACUGUCUGGCAAGUGUGCCCAUCAAAAAAUAUAUGGACGAAAUCAAGCCACGAACUCAAGUCACCAGCGCAGCUCGAAUCAGUUAUAAAUAUAAAACACCAGAAGCAUACGAAUUGGGUAUCUGUAUACCGAGCUCCUGCUCUGCUGAAUUGGGUAAUAAGAUAUUGACUGGUGUAAUGAACAAAAACUACGAUUCCAACAUCACUUCAACAAUGAUAUCUGAAACGUAUUGCAAAUAUGAAGAACCAGUGAAAUUGCGUCCCAUCGACAUCUUUGCUAUUGUUUUCUUCAGUUUCAUUGUAUUAUGCAUGUUGGCGAGCAGUGUCUACGAUUAUGUGCAAACGAAAAAUAAUGCACCCAAAAAACCACUGCUGGUAGCUUUCUCCGUAAUUACCAAUGCUCAAAAGAUUUUCACAGUUAAGAAGUCCAAUAAUCCCAAUGUUAUACAAUGUCUCAACGGUUUGCGUUGUUUUUCGAUGAUGUGGGUCGUUUUUGGCCAUGGUUACAUGACUUUCUACGAGCUGCCUCAUAUUAACAGGGAUAAAGUCUACACCUGGAUUGAAACUCCGUAUUCGUUAUUAGUCCAAAAUGCUACUCUUUGUGUGGACACAUUCUUCUUCAUGUCAGGUUUAUUGAUGUUGUGGGGCGCUUUCCGCGAAAUGGAGCGCACUAAAGGCAAACUGAACAUAGGUAUGAUGUACUUCCAUCGUUAUAUUCGUUUGACACCCGUUGUGGCGGUUGUUAUCCUAUACAUUUUGUCGUUAUACAAAUAUUCGGGUCAUGGACCGAUGUGGAUGAAGAUUGGCACACAAGACGCACGUUGUUCAGAUACUUGGUGGGCAACUCUGUUGUAUGUACAGAACUAUGUUUUCCCCAAGAAGAUUUGUAUCAGUCAAUCGUGGUACUUAGCUGUGGAUACACAACUUUAUGUCUUGUCACCACUCUUCCUUAUUCCUCUUUGGAAAUGGGGCAAAAAAGCGCUCGCUCCAAUUAUUGUUGUCGGUCUUCUUUGCAUGGGUUGCACUUUCGCCACAUUCAUGAAAUGGAAGUUUACUCUGUUCCGCGUCGAUGAUGAUAAUGUAGACGAUCGUCAACGUUUGACAUACUAUCCCACGCAUACUCGUGUACCCACAUGGUUAAUUGGUGUCAUUUUCGGUUACUUUUUGUACACCAAGAAUCGUGGUAGGCAAAUACCGUUAGCCAAAAUAUGGGUCAUUACUGGCUGGCUGUUAGCAUUUGGUGUAAUGUUGGCCGAUUUAUGGGGUCCUUAUUGGCGUAUACUACCAGAAAAUCCGAGCGCGCCCAUUAUCGAAGGUGCAUUUUACGAGCCCUUAAGUCGUGCCUCUUGGGCUGUGGCUAUCGGCUGGAUUGUGUGGGCCUGCUAUAAUGGCCAUGGUGGUAUAAUCAACGAUUUCCUCUCUUGGGGCUUCUUCACAGGCUUCAGUCGUCUCACAUACUGUAUGUAUGUUACCCAUAGAAUUGUGCAGCUGGUUAAUGGUGGACGCAUUCAAACCGAUACCCAUUUUGGCGACUAUGAUAUGAUCCUUCGCUGGUGGCACGAUUUUGGUAUUUCUCUAACUAUUUCCAUUUUCGCCACGCUGGCAUUCGAGGCGCCGAUUUUGGGUAUCGAGAAGGCAAUUUUUGGACACGGCUCUAGUAAACCGGCUCCCAAAAAGAUAGAACCAACCUCUACCCCUGCUUCCGUUCCCGUUCCAGCUGCAGUCGAUGCUGAGGCAACAGUUAUCGAAACGAAUAUACCUGAAGUGACUAAAGCUUAAUACAAUCAGCUGUAUUGUAGUCUCUCUACUCGAGUAUGAUGAUUAGUUCAGAUAGAUAUUAGCCCAAGGGCAUAUUAAAAUUUAAUUGAUAACACAAACAAAGAACAUCGUACUGUAUACGGUGUGUUUAAUGUUGUA